UGGUAUCAGUUACAGAAAAGUGCAGUUCUGAACAAUAGCACCACUGUUCUGCAUAAUAACAAGAAAAAAGCUAAUGGAAACAUCGACAGCUAGCUAACGUACAUUUUACUAAGCAGUUUGCCUGUGCUUGAAGUGGUAUUUAGUAGUGUUUUCAGAAAGAUGCAGAUUUCAUGUUGCAGUGGUAACCUGAAAAAAUGAAACUCUUCAGUGCCAGUUUAACAUUUUGCCACACUGCGGGAAACCAUUUUCAAAGGGACCAAAUUAUUCACCUAGAAAAAUGGAGGCUUCGAUGGCAAACCUCCGAAGAAUGUUUGACUUGUUAAUGAGGCAGGCUGAAAUUCUGAAUGAAAAUGUUGAACCACAAUUCCUACAGUUGGCAAGAAACUUUGAAGACUUUCGUAGGAGGUGGCUGAGAACAGAACAUGAACUGGCAAAGUGCAAAGAACUGUUGACCAAAACAGAGACUGAACGCAGUGCACUGGAUGUAAAGCUGAAACAUGCAAGGAACCAGGUUGAUGUGGAAAUCCGACGCAGGCAAAGAGCUGAAUCUGAGUGUGAAAAACUGGAGCGUCAGAUACAACUGAUCCGGGAGCUGCUCAUCUGUGAAGGAUCUACUAGUAUUCAGCUGAGUGAAGAGCAGAGAUCAGCCCUCGCAUUCCUCAACACAGCAAAUCCUGUUGCAAAAGGGCAGAAUGCAAGCCGGAGGCUAUCCACAAUUGAUGAAUCAGGAUCUCUUCUGUCUGAUAUAAGCUAUGACAAGACAGACGAUUCUAUGGACUGGGAUUCCACUAUGGCGAAAACAGUGAAACUAAAGAAAAGAGAGAAAAGGCGUUCAUCUAGAAUGCAUAUUGAUGGACCACCUGCACCUUCCAAGAGAUCACGCUCUAUUGGAGCGACUGCAGAUAAGGCUAAUGAAUCCAUUAUAGCAAAGACCACAUUAACAGUCCCCAAUGAUGGAGGACCCAUUGAAGCUGUUGCUACCAUUGAAGCAGUGCCAUACUGGACCAGAAGCAAGAGAAGGACAGCUACUUUACAACAAUGGGACAGCAACUCUAGCCAUCUUGAUGGCCCAGCUCAGACAAAACCAGAGGCAGAACUUAAUACCUGCACUACACCACAGAGCCAUACUGGAAUCCGGCUUCAUGAAUUUGUAUCCAAAACGGUUAUAAAGCCUGAAUCAUGUGUACCUUGUGGAAAGAGGAUUAAGUUUGGAAAACUGGCUCUGAAGUGCCGAGAUUGUAGAGUGGUAGCACACCCUGAAUGCCGUGAUCGUUGCCCUCUACCUUGUAUCCCAACAUUGGGAGGGACCCCGCUGCGUAAUGGAGAGGGGACUCUUGCAGAUUUUGUCUCCAUGACUCCUCCCAUGAUUCCAUCCAUUGUGGUUCAUUGCAUAAGUGAGAUUGAGCAAAGGGGUUUACGAGAGGCUGGUUUGUACCGCAUCUCCGGCUGUGAUCGCGUUGUCAAAGAGCUGAAGGAGAAGUUUCUGCGAGGAAGGACUGUGCCUCUUCUCAGCAAAGUGGAAGAUAUUCAUGCCAUCUGUGGUCUUCUGAAAGAUUUUUUGAGGAGCCUCAAGGAGCCUCUCCUCACAUUCGCACUCAACAAAACAUUUAUGGCUGCUGCAGAAAUACCCGAUGAAGGCAACAGUGUAGCUGCUAUAUACCAGGCUGUAAGUGAACUGCCCCAACCGAAUAGAGACACCUUGGCUUUUCUUAUGAUACACCUGCAAAGGGUAGCUCAAAGUCCAGAAUGCAGGAUGGAUUCAAGCAAUCUUUCCAAGGUUUUUGGUCCUACCAUAGUUGGCCAUUCUGUUCCUGAUCCAGAACCUAUGACAAUCUUACAGGACACAAAACGACAGCCUAAGGUUGUUGAGCGUCUGCUGGCAUUACCUGUUGAUUACUGGAGCCAGUUUAUGAUGGUGGAGCAGGAGAACAUUAAUCCCCAUGUCAUUGAAAAUUCCAAUGCAUAUUCUACUCCCAAAACUCCAGACUUUAAAAUCAGCAUGCUGGGCCCACUAACCACUCCAGAGCAGCAGAUUGUCAAGACACCUUCAUCUAGCUCGUUGUCACAACGCAUGAAGUCUACUCUAAGCAAGUCCACUCCAAAGUUUGGAAGCAAAAGCAAGUCUGUCACCAGCAUCAGUCGACAAGGCAACUUUUUUGCAUCUCCUAUGUUGAAGUAGGAAAAGGACAAGGCAAAAUGAACUCUUUCCUGAGAUCUACUUGCAGCUUUAUUCCUUGCACUGAAGUACUCCAUUGAUAUUUCUCAUUGAAGCGGAUCAGAUAUUUUUAUGUACAUUUUUUUUAAUGAUUUUUAUAAACUUUAUGGUACAAUUGUAUAAAGUGUAACUUAGAUUUUAUAUAUUUUAUAGUUUGGCUUAAACCGUAAACUUGUAUUUAAAAUGUAAAGAAGUCAUACUAUUUGUAGAAUGGUAGCGUAUUUGAUUUUUAAUUUUGUUAGUUGAAAGAUGCACAUUUUAAGAAAUAUACCAAGAUGAGGAAGA